AUGUCUCUGCUUCUCAACCAGCCCUCACAGCUCUGCCUGCGUAGACCGGUGUUGGUAAGAGCCUCUCCUCAUGUUUCUAAUGGCUCCUCAGCUUCCUUGCCGCAAACUCCUCCUUGUGCCAUUAUCGGCGCUACACCUUGUGGAGCGGGUCUCGGAAAACCAAAUUUCGUCUAUCUUUCCAGUGAAGACAGUGCUUAUAAACAUUUGGAAAAAAAGGUGCCUCUUGAGUUGGUGUAUAACCAUGUUAACCCAUGGCUGGCUCACUUGUUUAAAGAAGAAAGUGAAAAACAAGCUAGCGAUGUUACUGAUGCAAUGGUAACUGUCGGUUUAUCUCAUGGCUGGGUGGCUACUUUGAAGGACGGAACUCUGCGUCUCCAAGACGAUCUUAACCCUGCUGCAUCGGAUUCAGAUCCGAAACGUAUCUCCUUGCCACCUCUUGUAACUCUGCUUCAUUGUCAAACCCAAAUCGUCACCAACGUGGCAAUGUCCUCACCUUCUCCAUACGAAGAGGACUGUGUUGUGGCUGCUAAGUUCUUGGGACCUCAGCUCAGCUUCUGCAGACCGGGUCAGAGCAACUCCCAGUGGACCAACGUCAGAAUCGAAAACCCCUGUUUCUUCUCCUCCCAAGUCAUGUAUUCAAAGAAACAUGACAUGUUUCGCAUGCCCAGAUCUGGAGGCCACCUCAUUGGAUCAUGGGAUCUCCACAAACACAAUCACACACUCAAGCUUCAGAAGUUGCGAUAUCAAGACCUUCCCGAGCUGACCAAGACCAAACGCGAGCUUUUGAUUUCAUGCAGCACGAGCGAACACUUAGUGGAGUCACAAUCCACGGGCGAAACAUUCUUGCUUAAGUGGUACAAGAAGAUUGCAGAGAUCAUUGACGGUGCUGCCAACACGGAAACAAAAGCUCUAAUGGUGUUCAAGCUUGAUGAGGAAGGAAAUGCGGUUUACACUGAAGACAUUGGAGAUCUUGCCAUUUUCCUCUCAAAGUCUGAACCUUUCUGUGUCCCUACUAGCUCCUUUCCCGGCGUGGUCCCUAACGAAGUCACUAUCUUGGACGACAACGAAAUUGUACAGGUCAACAUGACCCAUUCCUCCCUCAUUAGUAGUAUCGUUAGAGUCAGGCUCCCGUACCAUAUUUCACCUCAGAAGUUAUACAGUUGGAAUUGAGUUUUUGAGUCUUGUCUUUUCAA